UAUCAGUUUGUUGGCAAAAGCCUCUAGACGCCACUUCUCUUUGGCAGCAAAAGCCGCUACAUCCCGAGAACCAAUCAGAAGGCGCGAAUCAAUACAGGCGGUUUCAAUAUAGCGGCGCGUUGAGGAGACGGCUUUUUUUAGACGUCUGAGGAGAUUGUUUUGGUUUUAUUCAGAUUCAGAUUUUUUUACGUUUUUAAGAUGGAGUACGAUGAAAUGGAUGAGCCUAUCCUAAUGACAUCAAAUGGCAGAAGAAAACGUCGUUUACCUCAAAACUCUUCCCGUUACAAGGCAAAAGUAAAUCGAUACAGUGGAAAUGGCUUGGUCGCAAGUGUAGCAUGCACUCAUAACACUUCUUGGUGCGGUGCUGUUACUUUGAAGGAAUCUGAUUUAUUUUACAUCAAACAACAGCUCUAUUCCACCAACGACAAAGUCGAACAAGAUGCCAUUCUUCUGUCUCAUAUGGAUGCUAUGCCAUGUAAACGGAGGAGACAACAAGUGGAGGCUGAAGAGAAAAGAAGGCAAAGAGAUGUAUCGAUAAAGUAUGCCGUUUUGAAAGAAGAUAAAACAAAAGUUCCCAUCUGCCACGCUUCAUUCCUGAGCAUUUUCUGUGUCAAGAAAGACAGAGUUCAGAGUAUUGCAAAGUACUGGCUUGAGAACGGCAAAGCACGUCCCGAACAUCGUGGUGGUCCCAGGGAAAUUGAAGCACAAACUGCAAAGAAGGACAUAGUUCGAAAGCACAUACAGUCUUUUAAUUGUAGAGCAAGCCACUAUGCCCGCCGUGGUGCACCUGGGAGAAAGUUCCUGCCGAGUGACUUGAGUGUGGCAAAAAUGCAUCAGAUGUUUCUUGAGCAGAAUCAUCAACAAGUUUCCUACUCACUAUACUGGAGCAUCUUUGUGUAUGACUUCAACCUGGCUUUUGGUCAUCCUGCCAAAGAUGUGUGCUCUUUGUGUGUCAAAUUCCGCAUUGCAAUCAAUGAUCCUGAUCUGACUGCAGAAGAGAAGCGGAACAAGAUUCUUCUUUACACACUUCACCGUCGCCGAGCUCGUCAGUUUUAUGACACACUAAAUGACGUGGGUGAUACAUUCACUGUCUGCUUUGACAUAAUGGAGAACCUGGUCCUUCCUAGGUCUGCCAUCUGUCAAACGUAUUACUCAAGGCAGGUAUACUUUUAUGUAUUCGGUGUGGUCCGUCACCGUGGCAGAGGAGAACCCCAGAGUCGGCAUGAGAUAAAUCUGUACACCUGGCUGGAAUAUGAGAACUCAAAGGAUAGUAACAUUGUCGCGUCAGCUCUACAUCACUACUUCACCUCAGUGGCAGGAGUUGAUCUGCGACAGUGUCAGAGCCUCCGACUGUUCUCUGACUCUUGCUACGGCCAGAAUAAAAACAUUAAUGUUCUGUCUAUGUUGUUUGCCAUGCGUUCUCAGCUGUACCCCCAGCUCAACAUCACUUACUUCUUUCCUAUACGAGGGCACAGUUUCCUUCCAGCUGACAGAGUGUUUGGAAGGAUUGAGCAAGAUAUCCGGAAGCAUACAACUAUUCUGUUGCCAGAAGAGUAUAACAACAUUUUGCUGAAGCAUGGCACUGUCUAUCAAUAUGGAAAGGACUGGUAGUGCUAUGACUUCAAAGAGGCAGCAGCCAGGUUCACAACAACUCAGAGAUCAUUCAAAAUAAGUGAAGCAAGAGUGCUGCAAAUCUCUGGAGAUAAGCUGGGGCUAAAGCCUGCUUUUGCUGGUGAAUUUUGCCAGCACUCUGUGCUGAAGCGGGGAAAGAAGUGGUUUCAGUUCAAGCCGGCUCUUCUUCCGGAUGUGAACUGCGUCAAUGAAGCAAAGAGGACUGAUGUCUUGAAGCUGCUGGGUGAGUUGGGAGCACCAAAAGCUGUACAAGAGUUCUAUGAAAACAUCCUGGCAAGUGAUGGUGGCAAGGACAUUGAACAAGACCUUGAGGAUGAAUGAAUGACAGCAUCUAAAAGUUUCUGAGAAAUGUCCUCUUAUUGCACAGUACUGUUUGUGUUUUAUUUGCUUGUGUAAGCUUUUUUCUAAUUCACAAACAGGUCAAGUCCUAUUUUUAUUGUUAUCUUAAUGUCGCUUUACAUUUAAUGAUCUAAUUUAUUCUACUUGCAUCUGAUAUGCAGUUUAUAUUGGAACAUUAUAUUGGAAUUGUUUAGGGCUUUUACAUUUUUAAUUACAUUUAGAAUACCUGUUUAUUUGCACUGAUUUUUUUUAUACUUGAAUUUUAUAUUAAAUUAUUACUUUACACUGCUUAAGUCUUAUAAGCUUCUUAUACAAAAUGCACAGAUAUUGAUGUUUAAUACUUGAUUAUACUGAAUCGAAUAUGCUUUGUUUACAUCAAUGUUUGCAAUGUUUACAUAGUUCAACUUAUAAAUCCCAAAUAUCAGAAAUGACGUUAUUGUUAAAAUUUUAUUGAUGUCAAUGUAAUGUUAAUGACUUAAUGCACUUACUUGGAUAGAUGUAUUUUUAAUUUAAUGUUUGUGCAACAUUUGUUUUUUGAAUUGUUAAAAUAAAUGUACUGCCAUUUUUUGCCAAUGUGGUUAUACUGUGUGAAUCUUUCUUUUACAUGUGUAUAUAUAGAUUUUUUUUUUUUUGGGGG